AUGACUUCGUCGUCGUUUGCAAAAAUUAUUUUAACGUUCCUUAGUUUUAUCGUAAUUGUUCAAGGAUCACUCGUCAAUGAUAGCAUCCCCCGCGAUGAUGGUGAAGGUCGUUCGUUGUUGUUCCCUUCGUCAAGUAUUAUGCAGAUGUCGAUUUGUACCAGCUCCGGAACACCCUUUUUCGUGCCGAAAAAACCCUACCCCUACCGACGAUUGGGUAUCAACAUUGGUUUCCAAGCUAAUUACCCAUUACCGUAUCGAUUGAUGGAUUUUUACAAGUAUCCUACCUGGGCGCGUGCCAUUUCCGAUAUUGUCGUUGGCCGAUUUAUGCCGACCGAAGUCGUCACGGCCAGAGCCGCACGGAAGCGUCGCUCUAAUAAACCGUUGAGUGCCGGUGAAAUCUAUCGCAUGAUUGAUGAAGUGCUGCAAUAUUCCGGCUACGAUAAGGAUUGUCUCGUCAAGAGCGUGUGCGAGCUGGCUCACAGUCCGUUCCACAACGUCCAGGAUGAUUUGUACGCCGAGAUUUUGGAGUUCUUUUUGACGCCAUCGGAGCAUCAAUCGUUUGAUCCUUCAGAGCGAGCGAUGCAAGUGAAGUACGAAUCUGCCGAACAAAUGGGAAAAGAAGGAGCUGAUUGUGACUUGCUGUAUCCUAAAUGCCGACACUCGCUCUUGAGCACCGUGACUGACUUUAUGGAUAACCCAUCGAAUACGAUCAAAUAA